GCAGUGUGCACCGACAUGUGUUAACUAACCAUCACUGGACCGAUAGAUAUCUUCACUGAAACACAGCCUCCUCCGUAACUGUGACCGCGAGGGAACGCCAACCAGAGCUGCAGUAGGAGUGGUCGAGGACGCUGCAGGGCACCCUACUGACAACGUCAAUACCACACCGGGGACCUUCUGACGGAGAACCAUUCACUGACAGUAAAGCUUCAAGUACACACACGUUCUGAUCGUGUCUCGUUCACCAGAGUUUUUCUACAGAUCUGAAUCUUCAAGCUAAACAUGCUCUAUAACUGGAACGUCAAAUCGAAAUGGAAAAUUACACCUGGUCUUGAAGAUCUUCACUGGAAUUGACUUUUGUUUGUGAAAACUAUUACAUGUCGAUUAGAUCGAAGCAUUUGCAACGGAUCGGUCUAAAACACCACCCAAGUCUUUUCCGAUUUAGAUCCAGAAUGUUUAAAUUUUUUUACCUGUUUUAAUUCACACUGGAUUCGUCGGAGUCGUACAACACCGGAAUUGAAAGGAAGUGAGUGCGUGAUUUUAACUCAUUGAUUUGGGGAAUCGCCCGUACAUUUUUAUUUUACAGAAUAUAUGUGUAUACGGCUGGUAAAACACAUAUCGACAGAUGUUGUGAUCCCAAGACCAGUUCAUGUGUGACGUACAGGACGUCGGUUCAACUGUUAGGAAAUAACACAACGGGAUAUUGUUGACGGAGUCUGGGCCAGAAGGACUUAACAGUGAAAGGGACUGUCACGCAAACAACAAUGAACAACACUACGGAUGACUACCACUACGACUAUUUGUCGUCGGUGGAGACGGUGCCGUUGGCCGAGUUGAUACCGGUAGCCACGUUGUACAGUCUCAUGUUGAUGUGCGGCAUGCUCGGCAACGUGCUCGUCAUCUUCUCCAUCCUACGUUAUCGAUGCAUGCGCAACAUCACCAACACAUUUCUUUUGAGCCUGGCGUCAGCUGACCUCUUGUUGGUGGUCAUUUGCAUACCCGUAAAGUUAGCAGCCUUUUUCUCCUUCACCUGGACCUUCGGAGAGUUUCUGUGCAAGAGUGUCCACUAUCUUCAGAAUGUGUCUGCCAUCUGUUCCGUAUUUACCCUGACAGCCAUGAGUCUGGAGAGAUAUUACGCCAUCAUGUUCCCGAUGAGAGCCAAAUAUACGUGUACCGUUGGCAAGGCGUGUCGUGUCAUAGCUGUGCUAUGGCUGUUGUCGGGUCUCCUUGCAGUACCCAUUGUUUUCCAAAGAAUCCACAAGGAGGUCGGGGUGUACAGGAAGGGGUAUUGGUGCGUGAAGGACUGGGACCAGACGCUCUACAGCAGUCUAUACGAACUGUUCAUGCUGGGCAUUAUGCUUGUGUUCCCUGUUGCCAUCAUGACAUUCGCUUAUGUCAGCAUCUGUCUGGAGCUGUGGAUAAUGACCACCAGGAGGUCGGCCAUGAGGAGCGGCUUAGUUCUAGCUACAGGAACGUUCCGGUCACCGCCUUCAACUGAAAGCAGCCCCUACCACGUCACGUCAGAAAAGACCCCAGUGAUGAAGAAGCAGAAGUUCUCCACUGAUGAUGAUGCCACAAGGAAACAGGUCAUUAAGAUGCUAGUAGCAGUCAUCCUCAUCUUCGUGGUCUGCUGGGCCCCCAUUCUCAUCAGCAACGUCUUGACAGCGUUUCGGGUCAUACACCAUCUCAACUACGGCUACCUGAAGCCGAUGAGGCAGACUUUCUACCUUCUUGCUUACGCCAACAGUGUUAUGAAUCCCUUUAUCUACGGUUUCAUGUCGAAGCACUUCAGAGAUACGUUCUACCAGUCCUUGUGUAUGUGCGUCAAGGGGAGGGAGUUUCAAAGGAGGAGUCGUUUUCUACGACAGAAUUCCCAAAUGACAAGAUCGUCACACGCAGCUUACUGUGCCCAAGACAGUGUCCAGAUGUCGUCACUGGAGUCGCCUUAUGGAGCUUGUAGACCGGAAUUUGUAUGAGCGUUGUCAAAGGAUUGCUUCAGACGUGUGAUGUGGUCAUAAACUGGACAUAGAUAACAGAAGCGCAACGCUUUGAUCUUUGGGAAUCAUUUGCAGUAUGGUUCAUGAUGAAUGAGACAUUGUUCUUGAAGCAGGCGACAAGUCAACUUGAUCAGAGAGACACUUGACCUAUUGCAUCAAUACAGUGUUCAGUAUUCCCAAAGAGACUACGAAUC